ACCAUGUCCUCCUUCUUGACAGCUUACCUCCCCCAAUCCGAAGGCCUCCUCCCCAAAUGGCUUCUCUUCAUCGCCAUAAUCUCCCUCGGCAACACAAUCCAAUGCUACCGCAGUCUAACCGGUUCCCAAGAAGUCUACUCUGGCUCCUCCUCCCCCAAAAACAAAAAUAACCCCUCCACUUCAUCAUCCACUUCAUCAUCACCAGUCACCCCCCUCUCAGCCCGAACCUUCGGAACCUGGACAGCCCUGAGCAGUAUCAUAAGAUUAUACGGCGCGUACAACAUCCACGACGCGAAAAUUUACGAACUCUGUCUCUGGACGUACGGGAUUGCUUUUGGGCAUUUUUUGAGCGAGUGGUGGAUUUUUGGGACCGCGAGGUGGGGGAGGGGUUUGGCUGGGCCUGUGUUGGUGAGUACUGUGACGAGUUUGUGGAUGCUUGUGCAGUGGGGGAGUUAUGUUAGGUAGGGGAGGGAAGAAGAGGGAGAUGUAAGAGAGGGGAGAUGUGGAAGAGAUGACGGUGAUUGGAAUCUUUAUUUCCUGACAGGUGAAAAGAAAGAGGACUGGAUGGAUUCUAAUUGAGGAAGUAAGAAAAAAGAAAAAGUAUUCAAAAGAAAUACAUAAUCAUAUCCUCG